AUGUCUGGCCAACCACCAUCGCACCUCGUCUCGCUGCCCAGCCUCUCCUCGCAACUCUCCUCGUUGCCACAAGCGGGCCAUAUAGCGAACGUGAGCAUGUACACCUCGCCACUAGCUGGUCAACAUGCUGGCGCGAGCGAAGCCAAGCUCCGCAAAGCCCUAUCACACAACGGCUCUGGCGCACCCAUGCAUUACCCACCCCCACAAUCCGCCAAUGGCGGUGGUCUCAUGAUGCGAGCACCCGUUCGCACAAAAUGA